AUGCAGUCAAGGAAAAAUCGAGUAUGGAAACAGCCGAGUUUCUCAAGGAGAUCGGGCUUUUUAUUGUUAGACAAGGAUUUGAUCCAAGAUAUUUCUCAUUGCUCUUGUCAACAAUCAACUAAAUCAUGCGGUAAUUCAGAAAAAACAUGGAAUAUCUUAUAUAUUAUUUUUCAGGCAAAUGUUGCGACUCCAGUUCCAUCCAAAUUCCUCAAGUUGUCAAUCUGAUGGUCACCUUGAAUGUGUCGAAAACGCAUAAAUCUCGCAAUGUUGCUAACACUGACCUCAAACUCUAA